AGGUUGGUCAUUUUUUGAAUGUGAAGUUGAUCUUUGUAAAUGGUAUUGAGGCACAUCAGUCUGGAUUGUUAGUAGUUAAUUCUGAAGCUUGCAUAUAUGUCUUCCUCACAGAGGGAAGAUCUGGAAUGGAAUCCCUGUGGAUACAAAAGGCUGACCAUAGUCUGUUACGAAGACAUUUAGUAUUAGCCAAAAUGGAGUAUGGGACAGAGAAUUGAAAAAAAAUUAUCUGGAAAGGAAAGAAGCCCCAGCUUAGAUGGAAGACUUUAAAGGAUAGCAGAUUAAAUGGAGGAUGUGAUCUACCCGACCUGCUGUUAUACUAUCAAGCUAACUUAUGUAGCUCACACACUGGGUCUAGAAUUCUGAAUAUUGAGCAAACGUGGUUCAGUAAAGUCUGCCUCUCCUUUUUGGAUUAAAGUGACUGUCUCCUGGAAGAAUACUGGCAGAAAGAAAACUUUUGGAAACAUUCCCUGAUGAACCCCGUUGAAGUUUUGUCCACCGUCAUGUGGCCAUCGCAGCUGCUGUUCUUCACAAUGCUCUUGGCAUCCACCGUCAGUUCUUUUAGCCGUGCCCCUGUUCCUAUGGCUGUGGUCCGAAGGGAACUCUCCUGUGAAAGCUACCCAAUAGAACUGCGUUGCCCAGGAACAGAUGUUAUCAUGAUUGAAAGUGCCAACUAUGGUAGGACAGACGAUAAAAUCUGUGAUUCUGAUCCUGCUCAGAUGGAGAAUAUCCGCUGUUAUCUGCCAGAUGCUUAUAAGAUUAUGACUCAAAGGUGCAGCAACCGGACACAGUGUGCUGUGGUAGCAGGCCCAGAUGUGUUUCCUGACCCUUGUCCAGGGACAUACAAGUACCUAGAAGUGCAAUACGAAUGUGUCCCUUACAAAGUGGAACAAAAAGUUUUUCUUUGCCCCGGACUACUGAAAGGCGUAUAUCAGAGUGAACAUUUGUUUGAGUCUGACCACCAGUCGGGGGCCUGGUGCAAGGAUCCCCUGCAGGCCUCCGACAAGAUCUACUACAUGCCCUGGACCCCGUACAGGACGGACACCCUAACAGAGUACUCUUCCAAAGAUGACUUCAUCGCCGGGAGGCCAACCACAACAUACAAGCUGCCGCACCGGGUGGACGGCACAGGGUUUGUGGUGUAUGAUGGGGCUUUGUUUUUCAACAAGGAACGAACCAGGAAUAUUGUCAAAUUUGAUCUACGGACGAGAAUAAAAAGUGGGGAAGCCAUCAUUGCCAAUGCCAACUACCACGACACGUCUCCUUACCGAUGGGGAGGCAAGUCCGAUAUAGAUCUGGCUGUGGACGAGAAUGGCCUUUGGGUAAUCUAUGCAACUGAACAAAACAACGGCAAAAUUGUCAUUAGCCAGCUGAACCCUUACACCUUGAGGAUUGAAGGGACCUGGGAUACAUCUUAUGACAAGAGGUCGGCUUCUAACGCGUUCAUGGUUUGUGGCAUUUUAUAUGUGGUGAAAUCUGUGUAUGAAGAUGAUGAUAAUGAAGCAACGGGAAAUAAAAUAGACUAUAUUUACAACACAGAACAAAGCAAGGAGAGUGUGGUGGAUGUUCCUUUCCCAAAUUCCUACCAGUAUAUUGCUGCUGUGGAUUAUAACCCAAGGGACAACCUUCUUUACGUAUGGAAUAAUUACCACGUGGUUAAAUACUCCUUGGAUUUUGGACCCAUGGACAGCAAAACAGGGCAGACACAUCAUGGUCAAGUUUCUUACCUUGUUCCUCCAGUUCAUCUGGACUCUGAUCUUGAGAAACAGUCAUUUAAGGGAUCAACAUCUGGAGCCAUGGGCCUGGGUGGGACGUCUACGAGCACCACCACACGUGUUACUACCAGUAGUACUGCACGCAUGACCACCAUGCCGCCUCUGGGCAGAAGGAACAGGAGCACAAUCACGCCUUCUCUGGCCCCAGACAUCCCCAAUGACCUGGUCACUCACCUGCCGCCUGCACCCUCCCAGCUGCCAGCAAUAGGAGCAGAGAGCUGUGAGACGGUGGAAGCCCGAGAGAUUCUGUGGUUCAAAACCCGACAAGGACAGGUGGCCAAGCAGCCCUGCCCAAGGGGCACUGUAGGUGUUUCAACGUUUAUUUGUCUUGCCCCCGGAGGGGUCUGGGAUCCCCAAGGACCUGACCUCAGCAACUGCUCUUCGCUUUGGGUCAACCAUAUUACACAAAAGUUGAAAUCUGGAGAGACAGCAGCCAACGUUGCCAGAGAACUAGCUGAGCAAACAAAAAGCCACCUGAAUGCUGGAGACAUCACCUACUCAGUUCGUGCCAUGGACCAGUUGGUGGGCUUAUUGGAUGUGCAGCUCCGAAACCUGACGCCUGGAGGGAAAGAUAGUGCUGCACGCAGUUUAAACAAGCUUCAGAAACGGGAACGUUCCUGCAGAGCCUAUGUUCAGGCCAUGGUUGAAACUGUCAAUAACCUCCUUCAGCCACAGGCUUUGAAUGCUUGGAGGGACUUACCUGCAAGUGACCAGUUGCGUGCGGCAACCAUGUUACUAGACACUGUGGAAGAAAGUGCCUUUGUGCUUGCUGACAACCUUCUCAAGACUGACAUUGUGAGGGAGAGUACUGACAACAUUCAGUUGGAAGUAGCAAGAUUAAGUACAGAAGGAAACUUGGAAGGCCUUAGGUUCCCACAGAAUAUGGGCUACGGUAGCACUAUCCAGCUCUCAGCAAACACACUGAAGCAGAAUGGUCGAAAUGGUGAAAUCCGAGUGGCUUUUGUCCUGUACAACAACCUGGGCCCUUACCUGUCCACAGAGAAUGCCAGCAUGAAACUGGGGUUGGAAGCAAUGUCUACAAAUCAUUCCGUAAUAGUGAAUUCUCCUAUCAUUACAGCAGCAAUAAACAAAGAAUUCAGCAACAAGGUUUAUUUGGCUGAUCCUGUUGUGUUCACUGUCAGACACAUUAAGCAGUCAGAGGAAAAUUUCAACCCAAACUGUUCAUUCUGGAGCUAUUCUAAACGCACAAUGACAGGAUAUUGGUCAACUCAAGGAUGUCGGCUGCUAACAACAAACAAGACACACACAACAUGUUCCUGUAACCACCUAACCAACUUUGCUGUCCUGAUGGCUCAUGUAGAAGUGAAGCAUGGUGAUACCGUCCACGACCUGCUCCUGGAUGUAAUUACCUGGGUCGGCAUUCUCCUGUCCCUUGUCUGCCUCCUCUUCUGCAUCUUUACUUUCUGCUUCUUUCGUGGGCUACAGAGUGACAGAAACACUAUCCAUAAAAACUUGUGUAUCAGCCUCUUUGUGGCAGAGCUUCUCUUCCUCAUUGGAAUCAACAGGGCAGACCAGCCGAUAGCCUGUGCUGUAUUUGCUGCCCUCUUGCACUUCUUCUUCCUUUCUGCUUUCACCUGGAUGUUUCUGGAGGGAGUACAGCUGUACAUCAUGUUGGUGGAGGUCUUCGAGAGUGAACGUUCACGUAAAAAAUACUUCUACUUGGUUGGCUAUGGCAUGCCUGCUCUGAUUGUAGCAGUUUCAGCAGCAGUAGACUACAGAAGUUACGGCACAGGAAAAGUAUGUUGGCUUCGACUUGACACUUACUUCAUCUGGAGCUUUAUAGGACCAGCAACCUUGAUCAUUAUGCUCAAUGUAAUCUUCCUUGGAAUUGCUCUUUAUAAAAUGUUUCAUCAUACAGCCAUAUUGAAACCGGAGUCUGGGUGUCUUGACAAUAUCAACUUUGAGGAUAACAGACCCUUCAUCAAGUCAUGGGUUAUAGGUGCUAUAGCUCUGCUCUGCCUGCUAGGACUGACCUGGGCCUUUGGACUUAUGUAUAUUAAUGAAAGCACAGUCAUCAUGGCAUACCUCUUCACCAUUUUCAAUUCUCUACAGGGAAUGUUUAUAUUUAUUUUCCACUGUGUUCUUCAGAAAAAGGUACGUAAAGAAUACGGGAAAUGCCUACGUACACAUUGCUGUAGUGGGAAAAGUACAGAGAGCUCCAUUGGCUCAGGAAAAACAUCUGGGUCACGAACUCCUGGACGAUACUCCACAGGGUCACAGAGCCGCAUUCGCAGGAUGUGGAACGACACUGUUCGAAAGCAGUCCGAGUCGUCCUUCAUCACUGGUGAUAUAAACAGUUCAGCAUCACUCAACAGAGGAGCCAUGGCUAACCAUCUUAUAACCAAUGCUCUUCUUCGUCCUCAUGGCACUAACAACCCUUAUAACACAUUGCUCGGGGAAUCGGCCGUCUAUAACAACCCUUCUGUCAGCAUGUACAACACACCAGAGCCCUACAGAGAGACAAAGGGGCUUCUGAACAAUGCCAGGGAUACAAGUGUCAUGGAUACUCUACCACUGAAUGGUAACCACGGCAAUAGCUACAGCAUUGCCAACAGUGAGUACCUGAGCAACUGUGUGCAAAUCAUUGACCAUAGUUAUAACCAGAGCGAGACUGCCUUAGAGAAAAAGAUUCUGAAAGAACUCACUUCGAACUAUAUACCUUCCUAUCUGAACAACCACGAGCGCGCUAAUGAACAGAGUAGGAAUCUGAUGAACAAAUUUGUCAACAACCUAGGCAGCAGGAAUGAGGAUGACGCCAUCGUUCUCGAUGAUGUCACUUCGUUCAACCAGGAAGAGACCAUGGGCUUGGAACUCAUCCAUGAGGAAUCGGACGCCCCAUUGCUGCCCCCCAAGGUUUACUCUGCGGAGAACCACCAGCCUCACCAUUACAGCCGGAAACGGAUUCCACAAGACAACAGUGAGAGUUUUUUCCCCUUGUUGACCAAUGAACACACAGAAGAUCUCCAGUCACCGAACAGGGAUUCUCUUUAUACUAGCAUGCCUACUCUGGUCGGCAUGCCAGCCACAGAAAGUGUCACCACCAGCACUCAGACCGAUGUCCCGCCAGCCAAAAGCAGUGAUGCUGAUGACGUGUACUACAAGAGCAUGCCAAACCUGGGUUCCAGGAACCAUGUCCAGCAGCUACACACUUACUACCAGUUGGGGCGAGGCAGCAGCGAUGGGUUUAUAGUUCCACCAAACAAGGAUGGGACCCCAGCAGAAGGAACUUUGAAAGGACCAGCUCACUUGGUCACUAGUCUAUAGAACACUAAGAAAACAUUUUAACACAACAAAUGUCCUUUGUCCAACACCUGGAUGACUGUUUGGAGUUAAAGCAGUGAUAAUAUUGUGUGUUCUCCUACUUCAUGCUGUUCUAAACAUCACUUCUCAUAUCUUUUUAAUGGAAUUUGUAGGCCCACCCAGAAAGAAUGCUAACUGCUGUGACCCCCACCCCACACGGUCCUGUCCCCCUGCCCUUGGCCCACACCGGAGAGACUUCCGAAUGCUAAUUAAAGGGACGCAACAGGAAAUGGUCCUCUCAUGGACCUGCUCAGAUUAUACUGUGUGUAGUAGGCAUCUGUGGAUGCUCUCUUCCUCUUAUUACCAAGGACCUGGUUUACAAAAGGCCAAACAUGCAUUUGAAACUACUAGCAAUGAUGCAUCUAGAUUGGAGUGCUGCACAAAACAGAAGCAAAAAUAGUAAAACUCUAUUCUAAAUCUGUAUCACAUAAUAGUUUUCUGGUCUCUUACCACUUGAUUUAACCACAGCUCCCUUAGCUGUGGCGCAAACGAUACCUAAUGAAAUAGAAAGGAAGUCUGUAAUUGUAUGCUGCACAGCAUAUUUUUCACGUUUUUCUGUAUUAACUGAUGAUAAUUCUAACGGCAGAAAAAAAUGGAACAAUUCCUAUGUAAUGUACAGAUAUUAGCAUUGCACAUAUAGUCUGCUUUUUGUUCUGCCAGAACUUGCGUCCCUGUUAAUGUAGUGGAAAAACAAACAAACUUUUCUGUUGUGCUGGUCUUGCAAGUUUGUCUACCAGUAGAAGCAAGAUUUUUCAUACAUCCUGUUUUGGCCAUUUUUCCAUUAAAAAUAUCCACUGGAUAAAAACAAAGUAA